AUGGUUGCCGAUACUGCCUACUACGACGCCCUAGGUGUGCCGCCUACGGCCACCGAGCUCGAGAUCAAGAAGGCUUACCGAAAGUUGGCCAUCGUCACUCACCCUGACAAGAACCCGGGUGAUGAAACUGCACACGAACGCUUCCAAGCUAUUGGCGAAGCUUAUCAAGUUCUGAGCAAUGAAGAUCUUCGAAAGCGAUAUGACAAGUUUGGAAAGGAGGAGUCGGUACCUGGUGGUGGCUUUGAGGACCCGUCGGAAUUCUUUAGCAUGAUCUUUGGUGGCGAGGCCUUUGUCGAUCUUAUCGGCGAAAUCUCACUCAUGAAGGACCUCACCGCGACCAUGGACAUCACGAUGCAGGAAAUGGAGGAGGAGGAGCUGGCCCAAUCUGCGGAAGAGAAGCUCAACAUCCACGACGAGGAAGUGAAGGCUGCAGGUGGUGAAUCAGCAUCCACUGCUGCCGCCCACGAAGCCACAGGUGGGGCUGCAGCUGCAGCUGCCGGUCCGUCCGAGAAACCCGUCUCCGGCCAGAGCUCUGGCACCAGCACUCCUCGCCGGAACUUUGGUCAACAGGCUCUUAUGGACAAGUCUGAGGAGGAGGCCCGCAUGGAGGCAGCUGGUCUGUCCCAGGAGGAGAAGGAACUGCGCAAGAAGGAGAAGAAGAAGGGCCUCUCAAAGGAGCAACAGGAACGCCUCAACGCCUUCGAAGAGGAACGCAGAAAGGCCCGUGAAGCACGUGUCAACACUCUAGCAAACAAAUUGAUUGAUCGCUUGAGCGUUUGGACCGAGACUGACAAGGGCAAGGACGUAUCCCACGCUUUCGAAGAGAAGAUUCGACUCGAGGUGGAGAACCUGAAAAUGGAGUCGUUCGGCCUGGAAAUUCUCCAUGCAGUCGGUCAGACCUAUGUUCAAAAGGGUACUUCUUUCCUCAAGUCACAAAAGUUCCUUGGCAUCUCCGGGUUCUUCUCCCGCCUGAAGGAUAAGGGCACCCUUGCUAAGGAGACAUGGACCACCAUCUCCACUGCCAUUGAUGCGCAGAUGACGAUGGAGGAGAUGGCCAAAAUGGAGGAGCGCGGCGGUGAAGACUGGACUGAUGAGAAGAAGGCCGAGUAUGAGAAGAAGGUGACCGGCAAGAUUCUCGCUGCAGCCUGGCGUGGCAGCAAGUUCGAAAUCCAGAGUGUCCUGCGGGAUGUCUGCGAUCAAAUCCUGAAUGACAAGCGGACCCGACUUGAAAAGCGGGUUGAGCGUGCACAUGCCCUGGUUAUUGCUGGUAAUAUCUACGCGAAGGCCGCACGCGACCCUGAGGAGGAAGGCGAUUAUAUGGCCUUCGAGCAGCUAAUGGCCGAGGCCAUGAGCAAGAAGGGCAAGGAUGAUAAGGACAAGAAGAAGAAGAAGCACAAGCACGAUCAUGAGGAGACUCACAGCGGAAAGCAGUCAGUGGAAGAGACCACCAUUUAA